GCCGACCCGAGGGCGCUUCUGAGAGGCAUCACCCUCGAGAUUGACAGAGUAGCCCUCGGGGCUGAUGAAGACGAAGCCCUCGAGGACAGGAUCCUCCGGUCUUCCCUCACAACCUGCAUUGCCCUCGGGGAGCAAGCCCGGCGGCUAGAUGAGUGGCGCCUUCGCAAGGCCGAGCAGGAGGCCAAGAUGCGGGAGCUCAUCCGCCAGAAUGCAGACGCUGUUCGACAGAUGGCUAUGCUGGAGGAGAGCCUUCGGCAGAUGACCCUGCGGGCGGAAGCCGCAGAUCGGGGUAGGGCUGAAGCCGAGAGGUCCGCAGCUGAGGCCUUGGAGAGAGCUGUCAAGGAAGCCGAGGCCGCGAAGGUGGAAGCCGUCGAGAGAGCCCGAGGGGACGCAAUCUCGGGGUUCUUGGCAGGGGGGUGGCGGUCCGAGGAGCACAAGCAAUGGCUGUCCUCGGUCGUCGAGUCCUCGGUCGACGAGUGGUGUGAUGGGCCUGGCGUGGAGUGGGUUUCCCGAAAGGGUAAACAAUACUAUGAUGGGGGCGAGUUUUUCACUCAAGCCCUCAUCUACCGGAGCAUGGCUCUCCACUUGAAGAUCGAGCCAAAGGACUUUGACCCGGCAGCAUACGGGCUCCCCCCUGCAGCCAGACAUCCGCGUUCCUCUUCCCCCCGAUGUCGAGAGGCCAGACCUGGAGGACUCUGAGCUCAUGAAGGAAGCCGAGGGCGACGAACCUGAGGCCGACGCAGAAGUCACCUCGAAGCCAUCGGGGGAGGCGGCCCCCGGGAAUGACAUUAUUUGAUAUGUAUUUUGUAUUAUGUAAACA